AUGGCGACGUCGCUGCUGACCGUGCUCACCACGUUCCUGCUGCUGCACUUGGGUGUGGCCCAGGUGCCGAUCCCCGGUGCUGCGCCUGGAUUCGCUAUCGGCAGAGGCAGCGGAUCGGCCAAGGUGCAGCUGGAGACGUACAUUGACCUGCUCUGCCCCUUCAGCAAGGCGGCGUACGACGGGGUGAAGGCUCUGGCGGACCACUACGCGCCCGAGCAGGUCCGCGUCAAGGCGGUGCUGUUCCCGCUGCCCUUCCACCAACAUGGCUUCACUGCGGCCGAGUCGGUGUUCACGGUCACGUCGGCGCUGGGCGACGACCACUUCACCAAUUGGCUGGAAGUGGUGUACGAGCACCAGGAGGAGUUCUGGAACAAGGCGACGAAGGACAAGAGCGCGGUGCAAGUCACGAACGAGCUGAAGCAGUUGGCUCAGAAAACGUUCCCGGAUCUGACGGACCAGCAGUGGGAGAGGGGGAUGACGGGGUACGGCGGGACCGAAGCGGACCAGCACACCAGAGUCACGUGGAAGUAUGCGUGCACGCGGACGGUCACGGGCACCCCGCAGUACACGCUGAACGGCGUUCCCUUUGAAGACGCAGACUCGUCGUGGAAGCUUGAGGACUGGCGUAAGGUCAUUGACCCGCUGGUUAAACCAAACCAGGAAAGAGACGACUUGUAA